GCAGAAUUCUACGCCAUCAAAAAGGCAGCAAAUAACAUCUUACAAUGUUCUGCCGCCCAGAAAGAGAACUACGCACGAAUUGGACAACUCGUAGGCAUCUAACCAGUUCGCGAAAUACAUUCAGUCAAUUCGAGAACACUUAGAAUCGGGUUACGCCAAUAAGGAUUUCUACAAAAUAUAAAUACACAACGUUCCUUCUUAAUCAGACUGGUUUGAGAAGGCGCUGGAAUGACGAACAUAGGAAUUGGAUACAUAAUUUUAAGCAAAAUUGCUUUCGAAAUUGCUGCAUAACUGAUAGAGAAUUAUUUUAAAUAAUGUCGACACAUCACCGCUUGUCGCUUUCAAAAUUUCAUAAUUCAACACCAGAUGAAGGAGCGAAUACAGAUUAUAUGGUCACAAAGCAAGAAUGCAACCACAUUGCAUUGUCUGGUCCGGGAAAUGACUGUUUUGCAGAAGGAAAGGAAGCAGAAAAACUGCUUCCGAUACGUUACAUUCCGACGGUAACGGGUCACAUGGGGAAAAAGUGUGAGCCGCAAUUGAGUCGUCUUUAUGUUGCACAAAUUUUGAGCCCUACUGACAUCUGUGAUAAGACCGUAUGCAGUCGCAGGCGGGCAGACGGUGUAGAAGAUGUGCAUCCAGUGUGGGCAUCUGAAAUAAGCCAUACAGGAAAAUACUUGGCUACAGCAGGGAAAAAAUCCGUAGUCCAAAUUUGGAGGGUAGUCGAUUUUAAAUCACUGGCAAACCUUAAUGUUACGAGCACAGAAUACGCAGACGCGUCCGUGUUCACUCCAAAACCAAUUCUUGAAUGCAAAGGACACACCGCUGACAUUUUAUGCAUUUCCUGGAGUAAAAAUGACUUUCUUCUAACAAGCUCAAAUGACGCUACUGUCCGGCUAUGGCAUCCGAAAGUACAAAAUUGUUUAGCUGUCUUCAAACACACUGAGAUAGUUAUGUCUGUCGCAUUCCAUCCGAUUGAUGACAGAUAUUUUAUUUCGGGAACUUUGGAUUCAAGAUUGCUUCUUUGGUCUAUUCUUGACCGUAAGCCUAUAUGGCAAAGAGCUUGCACCGAUCUCAUAUCGACUGUGGCCUUUUUCCCCGACGGAAGAACUAUUGCUCUUGGCUUUUUCAACGGAAAGUGUACACUGUAUACCACCGACAAGCUGAAACCCCUUCGAACAUUUAGUAUGCAUAAAUCAGCAUCAAAGAAUGCCAAGUGCAGAGUGACGGGGCUUCAAUGUGUCAAUUGUGUCCCGCAAAAUACUCAAUCGAAUGUUCUUAUACUCAUAUCGACGACUGAUUCUCGGAUACGGGUGUACAGUCUGCUCACAUCAGAUUAUAUUAUGAAUGUGAAAAAUGUAAGUAAUCCUCGUGGACAAAUUCUCGCCCGUUUUAAUGAUAAUAACAGGUUCAUUAUCACUGGCGGGAUGCACAAUGUGGUAGUGGUAUAUCAUAUACCACAAUCGUUCUUAGUCAUGGCAUCCACAAAAGGAGCCCAUGCGUUUAUCCGGAAACUUCCAUACGAAAUGUUUCAACUGGGUGAACGACACAUUACAUCUUGUUUGAUCGCGCCCCAAAAUACGUCGCUUCUGCUGGCUCAAUCGGGCGACAUAAUGUAUCGUCUUUCUGGUCUCAUUAAAAGUUCAGCAACAUCCGAUGAAUCUUGGCAUCUUCCUGUUGGAACCGAUUUCGAUAUUAUCAUAUGCACAGACGAGCUCGGUAGGAUUUUAAUUUGCCGGCAGGAUAUAAAUGACCUUCACCGGAAACAAAGUCUACACACUUCUGAAAAUUUAAAACUCGUUAUUCCGUUUUAUAAUUUUUGCGCCAAAAGAACUGCAAAUACUUUUGAAUUUCGUUUGCGGAAUUUCCUUUCGACCAUAGGGGAAUAAAAGCGAUGCUAAUUACUUUAUUCAUGAAUUCAUUUCGGUCAUUGUUUUAGCUAACAUCUGACGUCCAAAAUGUGAGAGAAUCAUCGACGGCUGUUAUGAACUCGGCAUACCGAGGAUUAAAACGAAUGAUUGAUGGUACUUCCAUGUCCAUAUCCAGUUGGCAUAUCGGACGUUGCAGACUUGAAUGUCGGCUGUUGUCAUGUAGAUUGUAAACGGCAACGUGUUUGUUAUCUUCACGACCAAACACGUAUUUUGAAUCAGGCGUCAAACAGGCACUUGAAUAUUUUAAUGACUCCUCAGUAACUGAUGCCGAUUGGUCUUGAUUUUGAAGCAUAACUUUUCCUGUGUAUGCAUUGAGAAC